AUGGACUUGGCAGGAGUUCUCUUGGCUUUUUUCCUGGUGUUGGUGCUCGUUAUUUCUCUGCUGUCCAACCUGCUGGUGCUGCUAUGCUUCAUCUACAGUACCGAGCUCCGCAAGCAAGUCCCCGGGGUCUUCCUGGUGAACUUGUCCUUCUGCAACCUGCUCCUGACAGUCUUAAACAUGCCCUUCACUUUGCUGGGGAUCCUGAGAAACCAGCCGCCCGUCGGUGACUGCAUCUGCAAAGCGGUGGGCUUCCUAGAAACUUUCCUCACCUCCAACACCAUGCUGAGCAUGGCAGCCCUCAGCAUAGACAAGUGGAUUGCCGUGGUGUUCCCCUUGAGUUACACCAGCAAGAUGCGGUACAAAGACGCUGUGAUUCUGAUGAGCUAUUCCUGGAUUCAUUCCUUGACCUUCCCUUUGGUCUCCUUGUUUUUCUCUUGGGUAGAUUAUAGCAACGUGUACGCCUCUUGCACCUUGCACCUGGGAGAAGAGACGGAGAGGAGGAGGUUUACCGUGUUCACCAUCGUGUUUCACGCCACCAGUUUCAUGCUGUCCCUGGUGAUACUGUGUUUCACCUACUUAAAGGUGUUUAAAGUGGCCAGGUUCCACUGCAAAAGGAUAGACAUUAUUACAAUGCAAACGCUGGUUUUGCUGGUAGAUAUCCAUCCCAGCGUCAAACAGCGUUGUCUUAAUGAGCAGAAAAGGAGGCGGCAGCGGGCUACUAAGAAAAUCAGUAUUUUUAUAGGGUCUUUCGUGAUCUGCUUUGCUCCUUACAUUGUCACCAGGUUGAUAGAACUUCUUCCUUUUGUUACCAUAAACUACUACUGGGGGAUUGUAAGCAAGUGCCUCACCUACAGUAAGGCUGCAUCAGAUCCAUUUGUUUAUUCUCUUUUACGUCAACAGUACAAGAAAGUCAUGAUCAACAUUGUCAAUAGGAUACUUAAAAGGGAUCUGUAUCCUUCAUCUGGCUACAACAGCUCUCUAGACACUGAAAAUGAUUAUUGCUUACACAGAACAUGCUAACAUCCUAACAGUCAUUAGUCUUCAAGUUAGGUCUGACUUUUGCCACCAGAAGGAUAUCACCUGAUCUAUCACGUGUUGACUGGACAAUGGUGAAGCAUACCUUUUGGAUCUGAAACCUGGAUUCCUGCAGUGCAUUUGAUUGUGGGCUUUCAAAACAGGCUCUUCCAUUGUCUGCAUUUAGUACAGAAUGUAGCCACAGAGAGACUGUCAGGGAUGGGCAGAGGUGAUUCUGCCAGGCCACUACUUUGCCUUCUGCACUGACUGCUUCUUGGCAAGUGGAGUAAAUUCAAGGUUUGGGGUUUAACUUUUAAAGCCUAUAACAUUCCAGAUGCCGUGUCCUGGUAUUUUACUGAGGAUCCAGCAUCCUACUCUCUUAAAACAAAGAUUCUGCGACCAUUGGAGCCUAGGGCAUGAACAGAUAGUUGGAGCACCAUUUGUACAGUAUAUUUGCAUCUGCAAUCCUGGAUUUGUCUCAGUUUUAGAACAUUUUAAAAGAGUAUUUUAAUUGAUGGCUUGAUGUAUUGAUGCCUAGAAUGGGUAUUAUGGAUGGGCACUUUGAAAAUGAGAUUAUUAUUAUUUAUUAUAAGACAACAUGAUUGUAACAUAAACUUUAAAAGUGGUAUGUGUAUUCAGUAUGCCAGUAUUUUAUCGAGCAUAACCAAAGUUAUCUUGUUACUAUGUAUCUGAUUUACUAAUAUUUAGCACUUUUGUGAUACCACAUAAUUACAAUAAUCGCAGUGACAGCAACAAAGACAUAAUCAGAGUUUAGUUAACUAGCAUUGUAAUUUAUGUCACUGAGCCAGGUCCACUCAACAUACCUUUCAUUAGGAGGAAAUCAGGUCAAUUAGUUUGUAGAAGUGACACUAUAUUUACGAUAUUUUUUGUUCAAGAGCUAUCUGAUAACAUAUACCAGGAUAAAAGAGAGUAAUUAUUUUUAAAGAAAAUAUAAUGGGGAAAAAUCUUUCACACAUCAGGUAAAUUUGGUGAAUAGCAGCAAUAUGGUAUGAGCUUUUGCCUUUGAUUUACCUAAUUAAUUACUUUAUUACUGCUUAAUUAUUAUUUAUUUAUUAUCAUUAUUAUUAUUCAUCUAAAAAGUCUUUUGGUAAAUACUGGAACAAAUUAUGAACAGUAGUCCAUCAAUUAUGUGCUAUAAUGGAUAUGAAUGAGCAGUGUUCUGUGGAGCUCAAUAAAUUAAUGCUUUGUAGCCAAACAAAAUCAAUUUUAAAAUGUAUUUUUAAGAAGAAGAAUACCUACAAGACAAAGUAUAGAGUUUGUCUUUAUUUUUUAGGUUACAGUAGCAUUAAAAUUAGGGAUAGAAUAUUGGCCUUGAUCCUGCAAAAAGCUGAGAAUUCUGAUCUUGAUUCAGCAAAGCACUUAAGCAUGUGGUUUACUUUAAGCACUUACGUAAGUCCUAUUGAAGUCAAUGGGACUAUGCACAUGAUUAAAGUUAAGCAUAUGUUUAAGCACUUUGCAGGACCAGGGUCAGGUGUUCAGCUGCUUGAAGGACUGAGCCCAUUAUCUGCAAUCUGAGAGGAUUAUAGGGCCCUAUUAAAAUCUCACUGAAGUCAAUGAAAAGGCUCAUACUGCAUAACAAAUACAAUGUCAUCAUGUUAUCCUCUGCUUUCAAAAGUUGAGGCCUUUCUAAUGCUCUAUUGCCAUGCAAGUAAAUUAGGCCUCCAUGUUCUGCACCUAUAGCUGGCUAGUGUUAAAGCUGAAUGUGUUUUAUCAUAACUUUGUCUACUUAGUAAAGUAUUUGUAAUCUCUCUAAUUUUGUGUAAAUACAGUACUUCAGAAAAAGUAUUUGUGUAUGACAUGUUCAGUUUUCCUUUCUUCCUUCUCCUCCCCUCCCUCUACUCCCUAUAAUAAUGAAACCUGGUGUUUAAAUCUUUUAUAGAGACUGCAUCAGCAGUGUAACAAUUAGACAUCUCUCCUGGAAGAAUGCUAAUUUGUUUUAGAGUCUAGCAUUUUUGUGCCAAAAAGUUUUGAUGUGCUCUGACAUCUGUCACUACGACAUUGAUCUGUAAACUUUGGUGCAUUUAAUGAUAGCUGCAAUGUUUAGCUGGACUAUAGUUUUUUAAAGAAAAUGCUGCUCCCUUUGAGUAUUACAUUUCAUACUUAGCUGAAUGUAUUGCAAAAUGUGACCUCCAAAACAAUAUGGAAAUGAAUAAAAUAUUAUUUGUGUUU